AGCGAGGGAGUGCUUGUGACUCAGCGGGAGUAUCUGAUAUCUUUCAACCACAGCAAAGCACCGGUAUGCUCCUCCGCUGGGCGUGUCGCUGACGUAGCCGAUGCGACAAAACUCGUUGCCGCGGGGCACACGAGAAUGUUAAAUGAGAAUGACGUCACCUGGUCUUGCUAGAUGUUGUCUUCAGGCGCCGGGCCGGUUGCUCUUCGGGCACAGCCGGCUUCGACAUGACAGUGGUUCUGUCAGAAACUGGGAGGUUUGGCUGGCGCCAAGAUCGGGAUCCGUUGGGCUGGGAUUGUCGACCUUUCCUUGGCGCAAGCGAUGGGGUCCAGAGCGCACAUCGGUCGCUGCUCUCCGCGUAGCAGCAGCUCACGCAUCCUGGCCGGCAGAACACGCUUAUAAGACUAACAGAAGAGGGUUCUCCACCUGCGACCUUCUAAGCGGGUCAUCCUUGCGGGACAUCAAAGAAGUCCCCGUCACAAAAUGCUUGAUGACGAAAUGGGUGCUGGAGAGAAUCGGAGCAGAUUCGGCUGCCCUCAGGUGUUUUACAGCCGCGGACACGAAGAAGCCGACAGAUGGCAAAAACAGAAGCUUCUUCGAGGGAUGGAUGCAAGCCCGAAUAGGGUUCGCAAGCCACCCUUCGAAGGCGUUACGGGAUGCGUUUCGACGGUCCUACGAUGCCCGCCUAGUUCGUUGGGGACGCCUGCUGGAGGUCCUAGACUGCUUCGCAGGUGACAUCGCAUACCACUAUUGUACUCCGGAAGAGGAGGGUUAUUCGAAACUGACGACUUUGAUGGUGACAGCAUCUAUCCAGCGAAUGGAGUUCAGCGAUGCGCCGGAGGACCGUUCCCCGGAAAGCUGCGUUUUGACGGGCAUAACCGUUGAAGAUGAUCUGACACUUAUAGGCUCCGUGACACAAACCGGUGCUUCAUCCAUGGGCAUUAGGAUAGAGAUGCAGCAGAAUAGUGAAAUGAAGGGAAGUGUGUUCUUCGUCAUGGUCUCGGUCGACGAGACAGGCAAGCCCGUCAAGAAGGUUCCUCCUCUGGACAUCAGUAGCUGCAGUCCUGAACUUCGCAGUCUUAUUGCGAGCUCAUCAAGCGGCUUUGAAACCAGAAAAGCAAAUGCGAAAAAAAUGUUUUCUUUAGUUCCCCCGGAACCAGAAGAAGCAGUCUUUCUGCACAAUGUGUGGAAGAAAUCUCUUGCAGGGGGAAAGCACAUGCUGCGGAUGCGGGACACCAAACUGUCAACCGCAGAACUUAUUCAACCGGAGGCACUGUCAAGAUACAACAGGGCAUUUGGAGGUCUAGUUUCGCGAAAAGCUUUGGAGCUAUCGUACCUGAAUGCCCAGCGCUUCCUCAAAACAAUUAGACCUGUUCUCACAGGAGUCGAUGAUAUAUUUUUCUUGCAGCCGUUGUUCGUCGGCCAAAUGGCGGAGAUGGUCUCUUGUGUCGUCUGGUCUGAAGUGGAUGAGGUGCAGAUCCAGGUUGAAGCAUUUUGCGUGGACCCCGUGUCCGGAAACAAGAAAAAGACCAACAUCUUCCACUUCCGCUACGAUACGGUUGUCGACGCUAAUGAUACAUGGCGGCGUGAGACACCUCAAAAGGUGUAUCCGUCAGAUUAUGCAGACUGCAUUUCCUUUCUUGAAGCUCGGCGCCGGUAUCUUCUGAGGAAGAGUACUAGUGAUUUCGUAGCAUGA